GGAUUUCUAGACGGCCUCAGUCGAGUAGAGAGUUUCAUUCAACGAUAGCUAAUUUGGACAUAUACUUUUGUGCAAGUGACCUCAGGAUAAUACUUCCAGUAAAAUGUGUUCUCUAAGGCGAAAUAGCAUCAAUAAGCUCAUUGUGUUCGCCGUGCUUUGUAUGGUGCUGACAUCGUCGCUUUCGUACGCACAAGUAACUUUCUCGCGCGAUUGGAACGCCGGUAAGCGGUCACUGGCAGAAGCUGCACAAUCGACGGGCGAAUGUGCUGCCAUAUGGCGGUCGGUUACGAACCUUUGUGCUGCCGUUACGAAAAACAUUCAGCACCUCACGAUGUGCGAAGCAAGAGCAUUGAUGAAGAAUUUGCAGAGCGAGGAUGCUUCGAUGGAGAAUAAUGGUGGCGGAGGGCUUCCCUUAUUUUCGAAUGGGCACCUGUAAUGGAAUCUGAUAUGCACCGCAAUGGCACAACGAGGAUGACCUUCUGGAUCAAAUGUUUCAAACACUAGCGACGAACGAAAUGUUGAUAAUAUAGAGCUACGUACAACAUAAA